CCCGAGGCCAUGGCCGGCAGGCGCCCAGGGGCCCCGAGGCCGAGGGCCCCGGGGAGCGCCCGCCGCCCAGCGCUCUGCCUCGCGCUGGCCCUGGCCCUGGGCGCGGGCGUGAGCCUCCAGGGCGCCCCGUGGCGGCGCAGGCAGCCCCGCGGCGGCGCGGCCUCGCCGCAGCUCUUCGCCUCGCCCGGCAGAGGCGCCGCCGCGGUGGCGCGCCGGGGCUCCUGGCCCACGGCGGCCCCGGCAGGAGCGCCCGACAGCGCCCGCGGGGCCCGCGGGCGAGGAGGCGAGCUCUGGACGGCUCGCAGCAGAUAGAGGUCCUGUACGACGGGCUGUGCCGGGUCUGCCUCACGAACAAGGCCGUCCUGGAGUCCAGUGACGACAGGGGGGUCCUCCGCGAAUUCGUGAACAUAGCCGAUGACGACUACGAGGCCGACGAGCACUCCGGCGUGGAGUACGAGGACGCCAUGAACGAGCUCCACGUCAUCCUGCCGGACGGCGCCGUCGUGCGCGGCACCGAUGCUGUUUUCAAGGCUUACGAGGCCGUUGGCCUGGACUGGGCCGUCGGCAUCUUGGGCUCCCCCCUGCUGCGGGCCGUCACCGACGCAGUCUACAGGUUCCUGUCCGACAACCGGGAGGCAAUCAGCCAGUGGCUCCCCGGCGGCGAGGAGCUUCGGGAGCCAUCCGCAGUGCGCGAUUCCUCCAGAAGGGAGUGGCAGAGGGCGAGGGCUGCAACGACGAGGCUGGGGACGACGAGGAGGACGACGACUGCGUCGUCACGGAGGACAAGCUGUGAGCGGCCGUCGGCCAGCGGUUUGCGCCCGAGGAUCUGGGGCGGAGGAGGCUUGUAA